AUGAAGCUAGUUUGGUCUCCAGAGACAGCUUCAAAGGCUUAUAUCGAUACCGUAAAAUCUUGUGAAGUUUUCAAUGAAUCAAGCGUUGCAGAACUCAUUUCGGCCAUGGCUGCUGGGUGGAACGCCAAACUCAUCGCAGAAACAUGGUUUUCCGGUGGGGUUAUAGCGACAAGCAUUGGCCUUGCCGUUGCUAGCCGUCACACAGGUGGAAGACAUGUCUGCAUAGUUCCAGACGAACAAUCAAGGUUGGAGUACGUUGAAGCCAUCGGAAAAGCAGGUAUAUCGCCGGAAGUUAUUGUGGGUCAGCCAGAAGAAGCCAUGAUUGGUUUAAUAGGUAUAGAUUUCCUGGUGGUGGAUUGCCGUCGAAAUGACUUUGCAAGGAUAUUAAGGGUUGCUGGAUUGGGUCACAGAGGUGCAGUUUUGGUGUGCAAGAAUGCUAGCUCAAGAACAGCUUCGGAUUUCCGGUGGCGGAGCGUUCUAGACGGAAAAUCACGGCUCGUUCGGUCAAUGUUUCUGCCGGUGGGGAAGGGGUUGGACAUUGCUCAUGUAGCGACGAGUGGGGGGAGCUCAAAUUCCGGCAAUGGCGAAAGACGAUGGAUCAAACACUUCGACAGGCAAUCGGGGGAGGAGUUUAUCAUCAGGAAGUAA